AUGAAUUUUGAAAACAGAUGGGUCUUGAGAUCCGCUCUGAACUUCGCAAGUGAUGGAGAAGUAGUCAGAGAAGUAGGUAGAGAGUUCCAGAGAAAAGGACCAGAAAAAGCAAAAGCAGAUUUGGCAAAAGAUUCUUUAACACGAGUUAAGAAAAAGCGGGAAGAAGAAAACGAUCGUAAACCGGGGCGUUUAGGUCUGACGGUGCUGAAUGCAGAGGAGGUUUUGAAACUCAUGUCAAAAGAUUACCCUGAAAAAUACCAGGAAUAUACAAGAUUCAGCAGGAAAAGAUUGAAGUUUGUUGAAAAGCCUGGAUCUGCUUCUGAUGGGGUAACAAAAUUGGAGAACCUCAUGAAGAAGGCCAUCAAAUCAGCUGCUGAAUUCAAUGCAUCACUGUGCAAGGAUAGGAGACAGGCAAGGAGCAUGUACAUUGAUCUUCAGACCAUGGAGUUACACAAGCCACAAAGUCGGAAGGCAGUUGUUAAUUAUUCAUCUGUUAAUUUAUGCGACAGUUACCCCGUGGCCCUCGUGCCUGGACAGUACCAACAUUAUUACAAGAGGUACACUCCUACAGAACUCAACUACUUUCCACUUAACACCGCCUUAUAUGCUCCUCCCAAGAUGAUGCAGAGCAUCUAUGUCGAUCCAAAUCAGCCGGAAAAGGAAGCAUCAGAUGAAGAUGUGGAGCAGGAGGAGGCUGUCGAUGAUCUGUUAACAACUAUCCCACAAACUCCCUCUCUUGAUAAG